GGGAUAAUUUGUCUGAUGAUGAUGUCGUAGAAGGGCCAGCUAUGCAGAUCAAGACAGAAUGGGUAGUGGAGGCUAUUAGGAAAUUGAAGAUUGGCAAGGCUGCAGGAGUAUCAGGUAUUGUUGCAGAGAUGGUAAAAGCAUCUGGAUAUAUUGGAGUUGAGCUUAUUACAAGUCUUGUUAACCAGAUUAUAAAGGAUGGUGCUAUUCCGAGUGAGUGGCAGUCGAGUGUAAUAGGGAAUUGUUUCAAGGGCAAGGGUGAUGCAUUAGAAAGGGGUAACUAUAGAGGUUUGAAGUUGGUUGAUCAAGUAAUGAAAGUUAUUGAAAGAGUGAUUGAUAAGUUACUUAGAGAAAGAAUUGAUAUAGAUAAGAUGCAAUUUGGUUUUGUUCCAGGGCGUGGCACUACAGAUGCAAUAUUAUACUCAGACAGCUUCAGGAAAAGUAAUUAGGAAAGAGAAAGAAUCUCUAUUUUGCCUUUGUAGAUUUAGAGAAAGCUUUUGAUAGAGUGCCACGUAAAGUUAUUUGGUGGGCUAUGAGAAAAUUAGGUGUGGAUGAAUGGCUAGUUACGAUGGUUCAGUCUAUGUACAGCAAUGCUAGAAGUCGUGUCAGGAUUAACGAUUCACUUAGUGAUGAAUUUAGUGUAAAUGUUGGUGUACAUCAGGGUUCUGUACUUAGUCCUUUGUUGUUUAUUCUAGUCUUAGAAGCGCUGUCGAUGGAGUUCAGAACAGGUUGUCCAUGGGAGUUAUUGUAUGCAGAUGAUUUGGUUCUCAUAGCAGAGUCGAUGGAAGAAUUAGUUGAAAAGUUUGAGAAAUGGAAGAAAGGACUAGAAGAGAAAGGGCUGAAGGUAAACACAGCAAAGUCUAAAGUCAUGAUAAGUAGCAUUGCAGCCAAGUGUGGCCUUUUAGUUGGAAAGUGGCCUUGUGGAGUUUGCAGGAAAGGGGUUGGUAGUAACUCAAUUUUUUGUCAGACUUGCAAGCAUUGGGUACAUAAGAAGUGCAGUAGUAUUAGUGGAAGGUUAAGAGCUGGCAUACAGUUUGUAUGCAAGCGUUGCAAAGGUGAGAUUAUAGAGAAUGAAGUAUUUCCAGCUUUAAUGAUGUACAACAGUGGCUUGUUAGAGAUAGUUAAGAACUUCGAAGGGGGUGUUGGAAGAAGUGUUACUUGCAGGAUAGGUUCCGCUUGGAAAAAGUUUAGAGAGUUACUUCCUUUAUUAACUAGCAGAGUCCUGUCAAUUGAGGUAAAAGGUAGGUUGUAUGAGGCCUGCGUAAGAAGUGUUAUGUUGUACGGUAGUGAGACAUCGGCAGUGAAGCAGGAAGAUCUUGACCGUUUAGAAAGGAAUGAUAUGAGAAUGGUUAGGUGGAUGUGUAAUGCCAGUCUGAGAGACAGAAAGAGUUCAGAUGAGCUAAGAAGCAGGCUAAGUCUCCGUAGAAUUAAAGAUGUUAUCCAGAUAAGAAGAUUGAAUUGGCUGGAGCACUUGGAAAGAAUGGAGGAGGAUAAUUGGGUAAGAAAGUGUAGAGACUUGAUAGUUCCUGGUGCAAAGCCCAGAGGCAGACCGAGAAAGACUUGGCAGGAGGUUAUAAGGAUAGACUGUGUUAGAUCUAAACUCAACUUCCUCUGUAUCAAGUCUGUCCCUAUAACCUCCUGCCAAGUCUUUCUCGGUCUGCCUCUGGGCUUUGCCCCAGGAACUAUCAAGUCUCUACACUUUCUUACCCAAUUAUCCUCCUCCAUUCUUUCCAAGUGCCCCAUCCAAUUUAAUCUUCUUAUCUGGAUAACAUCUUUAAUUCUACGGAGACUUAGCCUGCUUCUUAGCUCAUCUGAACUCUUUCUGUCUCUCAGACUGGCGUUACACAUCCACCUAACCAUUCUCAUAUCAUUCCUUUCUAAACGGUCAAGAUCUUCCUGCUUCACUGCCCAUGUCUCACUACCGUACAACAUAACACUUCUUACACAGGCCUCAUACAACCUACCUUUUACCUCAAUUGACAGGACUCUGCUAGUCAACAAAGGAAGUAACUCUCUGAACUUUUUCCAAGCAGAACCUAUCCUGCAAGUAACACUUCUUCCAACACCCCCUUCACUGCCCAACAUAUCACCUAAGUAACAGAAGUUCUCAACUAUCUCUAACGAGCCACUGUUGUACAUCAUUAAAGCUGGAAAUACUUCAUUCUCUAUAAUCAACGCUUGCAUACAAACUGAAUGUCAGCGCUUAAUUUGUAAUAACUUUAGACCUUAAU